AUGCGCCACGCCACUCUCACCACUUUGGUGCUGGCUCUGGCCACCAACGUCGCUGCACAGCAAGGCACAGCAUCUGUCGACCUCUCCAAGAACCAUGGACCGGCGAAAGCCUUAGGAUCAGGCUUUAUCUACGGCUGGCCUGACAACGGAACAAGCGUCGACACUUCCAUACCAGAUUAUUUGGUCACUGACAUCAAAUUUAACUCAAACCGCGGCGGUGGUGCCCAAAUCCCAUCGCUGGGUUGGGCCAGAGGCGGCUAUGAAGGAUACCUGGGCCGUUUCAACUCUACUCUUUCCAAUUACCGCACCACGCGCAAGUAUAACGCUGACUUUAUCUUGCUGCCUCAUGAUCUCUGGGGUGCGGAUGGCGGACAGGGUUCAAACUCCCCGUUUCCUGGGGACAAUGGUAACUGGACUGAGAUGGAGCUAUUCUGGAAUCAGCUUGUUUCUGACUUGAAGACCUAUAACAUGCUUGAAGGUCUUGUGAUUGAUGUUUGGAAUGAGCCUGAUAUUGAUAUCUUUUGGGAUCGCUCGUGGCCGCAGUUUCUUGAGUAUUAUAAUCGUGCGACCAAACUCCUGCGAAAAGCACUCCCCAAAACUCUUCUUAGUGGCCCAGCCAUGGCACAUUCUCCAAUUCUGUCCGAUGACAAAUGGCACACCUGGCUACAAUCAGUAGCAGGCAACAAGACAGUCCCUGAUAUUUUCUCCUGGCAUCAGAUUGGCGCUUGGGAGCGUGAGCCUGAUAGCACCAUCCCCGAUUUUACGAUCCUCCGAGCGCAAUACGGCGUGCCUGAGAAGCCCAUUGAUGUCAACGAGUACGCUGCACGCGAUGAGCAGAAUCCAGCCAACUCAGUCUACUACCUUGCUCAACUAGAGCGUCAUAACCUCAGAGGUCUACGGGCGAACUGGGGUAGCGGAUCUGAUCUGCACAACUGGAUGGGCAACUUGGUUUACAGCACCACCGGCACCUCUGAAGGGACUUACUAUCCCAAUGGUGAAUGGCAAGUAUACAAGUAUUAUGCUGCCAUGACAGGACAGAGACUCUUGACGAAAGCAUCGCUGGAUUUAAAGUUUGAUAUCUUUGCCACUAAGCAAGGCCAUAAAAUCAAGAUCUUAGCUGGCACCAGGACCGUUCAGGCAAAGUAUGACAUCAAAAUCAGCGGUCUAGGAGCAGUAGGACUCCCCAAGAAGGGCACGGUGAAGGUCCGAACGUAUCGGUUCGACUGGGCGGGGCCGAAUGGCAAGGUAGAUGGGCCUGUUGAUCUGGGGGAGAAGAAGUAUACUUAUUCGGCCAAUACGGUGAGCAGCCCCUCUACUUGA